UUUUUUUUUUGUAUGUUUUCUGUUUUUAAAAGAACUUUUCAGACCAUGUCCUCUACAACAUCUCCACUAAGUCCAUCAGCUCCUUUUCGAUUAGCUCUUAUUCAAGUCGCCAUUACUGCUGAUAAGGCUAACAAUUUGAAACAUGCCAAGUCCAAGAUUUUGGAAGCUGCUAAGAAUGGUGCCAAUGUGGUUGUUUUACCUGAAUGUUUCAAUUCUCCCUAUGGUUGCGAUUAUUUUCCAAAGUAUGCCGAAGAUUUGAAUGAUAGUGAAUCUAUCAACAUGUUAUCCUCUGCAGCCAAGGAAGCUAGUGUGUAUUUGAUUGGUGGAUCCAUCCCAGAACGUAGACAAGAUAAGAUUUAUAAUACCCUGACGGCCUAUGACCCUACUGGCAAGAUGAUCGCUGUUCAUAACAAAUUGCACUUGUUUGAUAUUGAUGUACCUGGGAAAAUAAAAUUCAAGGAAAGUGAUACUUUGACACCUGGCAAUAAAUUAACCCAUGUGAAUACAAGAUAUGGUAAAAUUGGUGUUGGGAUUUGUUACGAUAUUCGAUUCCCUGAAAUGGCAACCGUGGCAGCAAGAAAAGGAUGUGUAGCAAUGAUUUAUCCUGGCGCAUUCAACAUGACAACUGGACCACUUCAUUGGGAAUUAUUGCAACGAGCACGAGCUAUGGAUAAUCAGAUUUAUGUGGCUGGUUGUGCUCCAGCUCGAGAUGUAAAUGCUUCUUAUCAUUCUUGGGGUCAUUCUACCGUAGUGGAUCCAAAGGGAACGGUGAUUGCUACUUGUGAAGAAGAAGAAACCAUUGUGUAUGCUGAUGUGGAUCCAAAUGAAGUGACAUCCAUUCGGGCCAAUAUUCCUCUCUAUUCUCAACGUCGAUUUGAUGUUUAUGGUGAUGUAGCUGAAACUGUGGUAGUAGAUGAUGAAGGCAAUGGAACCAAAAAGAAUUAAUUUAAAUUAGAUAGAUUAUUCCCCCCUCCGUUAGUUACUGUUUUUGAAUAAAACAUAUUUUUUUUUUUGGGUAUCUAAAAGUGAUG